AUGGCGGUAACGUGGAAGAGGCUGCCGCUCGAAGGUCAUGAAUCAUGCCCCUUCCUCUACGUCAGCUACACUUUUGGCUCGAGAGGCUACGAGAUCUUUCUCACGGACCUGGCCCAUGUAUGGAGCGAAUCUCUGAGUCGCAAGCAAAUCUUAGCAUAUGCACUUAAACAAGACACAAGCAUCGAUCCCAGCCAAGAUGACGACCAGUAUUCGGUCCUACUUCAAAAAAUCAGCGACGCCCUGAGCGGAAAAGCAGGGACCACACUCUCUUUACGUGGACAUCGAAAUAGGGAUGACCUGAAGCUAUCCACAGAAACGAAGCUGCCGACACCUCUAGAGCCGCUUGUUUGGAUAAUUAAUCUAACUCGAUCACCCCAAAAUGUGUUUACGAAACAAGUGUUUCUCCCUGUCAUUAGAGGAGCAGCUAACUGUGAAGCCCGGACGCAGUUACUUAUUGAGAAGCUAAAGGAGAAGGAUUGGGCCCUCGGAAAGUUGUUUGACAAGCUAGAAUCAUCGGGGAUUAACCUUAACACGGUAUUCCCAUCGUUGACCGGCACGCGACAUGGUCGCAAGGGAUCUGCAUUUUCACAAGCAGCAAAAUUGAUCAAGGGCAUCGCUCCCUUCGAUGAAAAUACCUGGCAUUUACAAUCUCAGGAGCAGAAUUUGAAUGCUCCCAUAGACGAGACUAUUAUAAGGGAAAUUGCAGCGGCCGACUCUGUGCUUAAAUUGGACGCGUUAGAGAAUUCUAGCGGUGACUGGUGGACUAAAACUUGGGACUCUGAUCAUGCCAUCACAAGUCCUAUUACUUCGCGGACGGAGGCUGCAAAUAAACAAUUAACUAAAUCAACGGAACAGAAUCAGAAUGAAAGUGAUGAUGAGUUUGAGACCCGUGAAACGCCCCCACGGCUUAAGAAGCCUUCUAGGCCUGCUGAUGCUGCGUAUAAUAACAAGCAGAGGGCACAAUCCGUUGGAAAAGGGAGGAUCAACCAGUCAACUGGAAGCUCAGAAAAUGAGGCUAUAUCUCCAAUUCAGUCGCCUCCUCCGCGGGAACAAGUCAAAAGACCAAAGAUAGUCGGCACUAUAAACCCAAAAGCGUCUAAAAAAGGGUCUCGCGCCGACUCUACCGAAUCUGAUACUCCGUUGUCACCAAAGAGGUCACGAACGAAGGGGAAGGGACUUGGGGCCAUUGGUGGCAGAAAAAUCAAAACUCCAGAUACCAAAAAGCCGCCAUCUGGGAUGUCCGAUGCUUCGACAGAGUCAGAUAUACCCGCCCGUAAAGACGUCGAUAAGCCUUCAAUACAAGAAGAGUCAACAGAAUCAGAAGCCGAUCAAGACCUUACGCUGCGCCCAAAUAAACGACAAAAGCUAAGCCCAACAGAUGAUGAAGAAAGCGACAAAUCCCUCCCCAAACCGAUGGACAAGGCAGCUAAAUCCCGGCCUAAAUCCGGCCUUGGGCAGAUAGGGGGAAAGAAGAAGCAGAAGAAGGAGGAUCCAAAGACGGAGAAAGGACAAACGUCACAAGCGAAUGUAAGUGACGAGGAACGGACGCAUGACCGCGUUGAAGCAUCUCAGGCUCCAACUCCGAAACCAGCCAAACGACAGAACAAGCUCGGGAUGAUUGGCGGCGGCAAACCAUCUCGGGAACGGACGGCAACCCGGGGCCAGGACAAACCGCCGAUAACCUCACAGGGGGAUGUGCCUACCGCUGACGAAACAUCUGACGGCGAGCAAACUAAGGCUUCUGUGCAACGUAGUCGGGCUAAGAGUCCAAAACGCUCAAAGUCCCCGACACCAGGUAUCAAAACAGCUCCUCCUGCUCCGAAGAAAGAGGAAUCUAUUACAAAGACCGAAACUCCAGACGAGCGAGCAAAUCGAAAGAGGGAGGAGUUGAGACGACAACUGGAAUCGAAGGCUGGCCCUACGAAGAAGAAAAGACGGUUCUAA